UCAGCAGCAUUUUCGUACGGGGACAUGGCGACCUGCGUGCAGCUGAAUACCGGGGCCAAAAUGCCUCUCGUGGGGCUGGGCACAUGGAAGUCCUCAGCUGGGCAAGUGAGAGCUGCAGUGAUGGCUGCCAUUGACGCUGGGUACCGCCACUUCGACUGUGCCUACGUGUACCAGAAUGAGAGUGAAAUUGGAGAAGGGAUCCAGCAGAAAAUCAAGGAAGGUGUUGUGAAACGAGAAGACCUCUUCGUUGUCAGUAAGCUCUGGUGCACAUUUUAUGAAAAGCCUCUGGUGAAGGAAGGCUGUCAGAAGACUCUUGCUAACCUGAAGCUGGAUUACCUGGAUCUCUACCUCAUGCACUGGCCUAUUGGGUUCAAGGCAGGAGAGGAGCUGUUUCCCAUGGAUGAUAAAGGAAUGUCAAUAACCAGCAACACAGAUCUUCUACAGACAUGGGAGGCCAUGGAAGAGCUGGUGGAUGCUGGCCUGGUAAAAGCCAUUGGUGUCUCCAACUUUAACCAUGAGCAGAUUGAAAGAAUCCUGAACAAGCCAGGACUGAAGUACAAGCCUGCAAAUAACCAGGUUGAAUGUAAUCCAUACCUUACCCAGGAGAAGCUGGUCAAGUACUGUCAGUCCAAAGGGAUUGCUGUGACAGCCUACAGUCCACUUGGCUCUCCUGACAGGCCAUGGGCUACGCCAGAGGAUCCCUCCAUUAUGGAUGACCCCAGGAUCAAAGAGAUUGCAACCAAGCACAACAAAACCACAGCACAAGUUCUGCUUCGCUUCCAGAUCCAGAGAAAUGUGAUUGUGAUUCCCAAGUCUGUCACACCACAGCGCAUUGUGGAGAACUUCCAGCCUUGUCCUUUCCUUUUGUGGAUUUGCUUAUAACCUCUGCUUUGUUCAGAGGUAAUUUCCAGCUGUUUCUCUUGUCAGCUGUUUGACU